AUGAUCACAAAAUACUGGUAUACAGAAGUAAUUCAAGAAGAUGAAAUGGAAGGUACAAACGAAAUAGUAGAAAUACCAAUUAAAAACUCUUGCAAUCUUAGUAGUAAAAAGCAAGUUAAUUAUUCAACCAAAAAAUCUCUUAAUAAAAAACAAAUUUCUUCAGAAAAUAUUAUUACUUUGAAGUUUGUUACUCUCGAAAUGAAUAAAGAUUCAAUUAAUUUUCACGAAUUAAACGAAAAGAUCAACAGUGCUGAAGACAAUAAUCAAAAAACUAAUCAAGAUGUAAUUCGCUGUUAUUAUAACUUUGGGAAAGGAUAUAGUUUAUGGUACAAUUUUUAUAGACAAUCACAUAAUGAAGAUGCGUUUAAUUCUUUAGUUAAUGAUAAAAUUAGAGAGCAUAUCCCCGAUUAA